AAGACGAGACAAACGUUGGAGGAAUUACUACUGAGGUGUAUUGGAACGAGGGCACACAUUCCCCUGCGUGAAAAUAAACGGAAUUCCUUACUGGUGACCUGUUUUAGAAUUCCUCCUCCACACCGACAGGGGUCAGAGCCGCCGGGAGGGCGCUGUUGUCUCUCGCCAGCAUCCUGUGGUGAUGCUGCUGAGUAAAGAGGAGGUGGCCUUUCCUGCUGAAGUGAACACAUCGGCUAUUGAGGAAAAGUCGAAGACCUCUGAUCUAAAGGCGACUAGCCUGAAAGAAAACAGCAUCUCAUUAUUUAGUCAUUUUUCACCUGGCGGACCCACGGGGCUUCAUGGUGUGUCACAGCGGGGACGCUUGAGUCUGUCGGCGUGUGUGCUACGCCGGGUGUCGGCCACGGAGUGCAGGGAAAAUGCCUUCUUUCUCACAGAGGAUUUGGCCUGCACUCGUGUUGCUCCUGUUCCCUUCCGCCGUGACUGCAGAAGAGCCUUCGCUGCUGGAUGGCUGGCACGAUGUCUGGCUCUUCCGCUUUCUCGUCAACAUGCUGGGAUACUCAACCAUUAUCAUCCCUGGCUACCUCCUCAUUAGCUAUUUCAAGCGCACCAAUUAUGCAGAAACAGGGAGUGGGUUUUGCUUUCCUCUCAUAAAGACCUGCGUGUUUGGAAACGAGGCCAAGACCAGCUUGUUGGAUGACACGUCUGCAGCAAGCAGGAAUGAUGCUGAUUCGGGUUCAACACUCAAACAGGCGUUAAAGUUAAUCUUUUGCGCUGCCGGACUUCAGGUUUCAUAUCUGACAUGGGGAGUCCUCCAGGAGAGGGUGAUGACUCGUUCUUACGGAGCCGCAACUACAGAUCAGGAGGGAGAGAAAUUUAAGGACUCGCAGUUCUUGGUCUUCAUGAACCGUAUCCUUGCUCUGACUGUGUCGGGCAUCUGGUGCGUCAUGUUCAAGCAGCCUCGCCAUGGAGCACCCAUGUACAAGUACUCCUUCGCCUCGCUCUCCAACAUCCUGAGCAGUUGGUGCCAGUACGAGGCCCUCAAGUUCAUCAGUUUCCCCACUCAAGUCCUGGCCAAGGCCUCCAAAGUCAUUCCUGUCAUGCUCAUGGGGAAGAUCGUGUCCCAUAAAAGCUAUGAAUACUGGGAGUACUUCACUGCUGUGCUGAUCUCGGUCGGCGUCAGCAUGUUUUUGCUCUCAAGCACAACCGACAAACAUCCAUCCACCGUCACCACUUUCAGCGGGGUCGUCAUCCUCAUCGGCUACAUCAUCUUCGACAGCUUUACCUCCAACUGGCAGGACAACCUGUUCAAGUACAAAAUGUCAUCAGUGCAGAUGAUGUUUGGAGUCAAUCUGUUCUCCUGCCUCUUCACCGUCGGGUCGCUGCUGGAGCAGGGUGCCUUCUUUGAGUCGUUGGGUUUCAUGACCCGCCACUCCGAGUUUGCCUUUCAUGCCGUGCUGCUGUCCGUGUGCUCGGCAUGCGGUCAGCUCUUCAUCUUUUACACUAUCAACCAGUUUGGUGCUGCCGUCUUCACCAUCAUUAUGACCUUACGGCAGGCUUUCGCCAUUCUUCUCUCGUGUUUCCUUUACGGUCACACCGUUACCUUAGUAGGUGGCUUUGGUGUCGUUGUAGUGUUCCUGGCACUUUUUCUACGGGUGUAUGCACGUAGCCGUAUGAAGUCAGGUCGGCGGGGAGCGCAGCCGCUUGCACAGAAGGUGUAGCGCUCCAAAGUUGCACCAAACUGGGAACUAAGACCACGUUUUCUGUGGUGCUAUUUGUCUAUUUGUGUGCAUCUUUCUCUCUUUUAUUAAUUUUUUUUACCGUUCAGUUCUUUUAAAUGUUAUUUUUAUUAGCAAUGGUACAGAAAGGGAUUCUGCAGUUUUUACUCUUACACCAAGGUACCCCCAAGGGGUUCAUGUGAUUCGUUAGGUCAGAGAAGUUUUGAGUGCCUGCAAACUGCCUCUUCAGCUCUUUAUUAUCUUUUUUUUUUUUCUUAAACCUCCAUACGUUGCCCAUGCAUCCAGUUUAGGGUUUCUAUGACUAUGGAAAAUGUACGAGUUUAAUAGCUAGGCAUUAUUUCCCAAGCAUUACUGAUAUUGUCCCUUAUUUAACUUUAUCCAGGCUAAUGGCACCAUUUGUUGGGUUAUCCUUCAGUCGCAGCAGCCAGAUGUUUAUCUAUCAACCUAUUGUGUUGGAGAGCAGGGGUCUUUAUGUGGCUUAAGAUGGUGUCAAAACAUGGUCCAUACAUUUUAGUUUAAUUUAAGAUAUAUUAACAUGUCACAUAGGCUAGCAUCAGUUAGGGUUCAGGUAAACAAAAUUCUGGGUCAUAAUGAAAGAAUCAGAUGCUGCUGUGGGUUGUUUUAGAAUUUUUUUUCCACACUGUUUUACUUAAUGUUUUGAACUUUGGGCAAAAAAAAAUGUAUAAAUAUAUAUAUAUCUUAAAUCAGUUUUUUUUUCAAGCCAACUUGUCAGUUGUGUACUUUUGUAAAAGGACUGCUUUGAUGUGAAUGUUUGGGGAACACUGAAUGGAUGAUUCUGAUGCCUCAUUGCUGUCACAAAUGAUGUGAAGAUACUGUAGACCCAGGGGUCAGUUUGCAGAACGGAGUGCAUACAAGGGAAAUGCAAUGUAACUGGUUCCUUGUUUUUAUCAUUCUACUAUUUCCUCUGGUAACUGGAUUAAUAUUAAAAUAACUUAAUACUA